GUGACAGUGCAUAAAAGGUGACCCGCGGUGAGGCCCCCCUACUGUACUGCAGCACACAUCUCCAACAGCAGGCGUUUACAGCAUUCAGUCUUGAUAUAAAAGAAGUGUGGUACAGCAGCAGGAGUGCUGUAUAUAUAAGAGGUAGAGAACCAAGCAGGAAGACAUGAGGAUUUUGGUACUUGUGUUGGCGCUCUUGUCGUCCACCCGAGCUCAAGACAAGUGUAACCCCCGGGUGUAUGACUAUGACAGCGUGGUGUGUGUGUGUGACGCCUCCUACUGCGACAACCCGGGCAUUAUCACCUUCCCUGAGAAAGGGAAGUUCACCCUCGUCACCUCCACCAAGGACGGCCUCAGAUUCAACGUGGAAGAGUUCCCCGUCUCCAACGAGGAGGACCCUGACGCUGUGGUGGUGACCAUCAACCCAGAGGACGAGUAUCAGAUCAUCCUAGGCUUCGGCGGCGCCUUCACCGACUCCACAGGUCUUAAUGUGGUCAGUUUACCUGAAGACGCCCAGGAACACUUCUAUAACUCCUACUUCACCUCUGAGGGGAUAGGGUACACCAUAGGCCGUAUCCCCAUCGCUGGCGCCGACUGCUCCACCAGAACUUACUCCUACGACGACGUGGCGGGCGACGUCGACCUGCAACAUUUCAACUUGACUUUCGAAGAUUAUGACUAUAAGAUUCCCGUGAUAAAGCGAGCUAAGGAACUGUCGCCAGAGCUUAAGUUGUUUGGGUCGCCCUGGUCACCACCGGCCUGGAUGAAGACUAAUGGCAUGUUCAACCAGUCAGGAACACUGAUUAAGGAGUAUUGGCAACCCUGGGCCAACUAUAUCGUCAAAUUCUUGGACGCGUAUGAGGCAGAGGGAGUAGAGCUAUGGGGCCUAACACCGCAGAAUGAACCAAUGGGCGGCUUCCAAGCAGACUGGCACAUUAAUGUGUGUGGCUGGACCUCCCUGGACAUGCGAGACUGGAUCAAGAACAACCUCGGCCCCACGCUGCAGGCUGCCGGGUACCGUCGCCUCAAGAUGAUGGUCGAUGACUUUAACCGAGACACUUUAACCUGGUACGUCGAGCCGAUGCUGGAGGACCCUGACUCAGCCCAGUACAUAGACGGUAUAGCGAUACACUGGUACGAGGAUAAGUAUGUCGGCCCUCACAUCCUGGACAAGACCCAAGCGUUGGCUCCAGAUAAGUUCCUGCUCUACUCCGAGGCUUGUUUUGAGAAAGGUGUUAAGCUGGGGUCGUGGGACAGAGGUAUGGAGUACCUUCACUUCAUGAUGGAGGCCUUGAACCAUCACUGUGUGGGCUGGGUCGACUGGAACUUGGCGCUGGACACUGAAGGAGGACCUAACUGGGCUAGUAACUGGCUCGACGCCCCCAUUAUCAUCAACCCCGAGGCGGGAGAGUUCUAUAAGGAGCCAAUAUUCUACGCCAUUGGUCACCUCAGCAAGUUUGUGGAACCAGGAGCUGUCCGCAUCAGCUCGACGACUACAGAUUACAUGUUGGACGUGGCCGCCUUCAACGACCCGUCAGGCCGUAAAGUGGUCGUUCUCCUCAACAGAGGUGAUGCCGAGAUAAAGGUGUCCCUCACUGAUGGCUCCGACAUUUUCGUCAACUUCGGUAUGGAAGCCGGAGCCAUCCAGACCAUCUUGUACUAGCCCCCGGCAGGACCCGACCUGGUUCUACCACCAGUUGAACCCUUUUACGGGAUCUCGUUCCACGUUAGUUAAAAUUUUGUGUUCAGUAGUGUUCCAGAGACGACUGGACCUGACCAAACCCAACUUCCAGCUCCUGCAGCAGCGACACUAUAACGAUCAAGUAAACCAUAAAAUUUCA